GAUUCUCCAUUGACAGACUGAUUCUCUGCCUGGAAAAUGAGUAUGUUGGGCUGGACAAUCUCCAAGAACCCUGCUAGCGCUGAGAAAUAUUAUCCCAGAGCCGGAGGGACAGACGCUUCUUCCCUGCUGAGGGAGGACCCUGGGGCGGGGCCCACGGCUCAUAAAUACCAGGUACUUUGCUUCGGCUCUGUCUUACUCCAGCUGGUGGACCCGCUGUUUCCUCUGUCCUCAUCUGUUCGGGGUUUGCCCCAGGUGGCUCCCGGGACCAGGCUUCAGCUGCUCCGCACCGCUCUUGGCCACCCAUCGAGCCUGGGUUCCUCCCGAAGCCGCCCUCUGCUGUUGCUGCGCUCAGGUCUACCCCGUCUAUCCCAGGUCAUCCCGGUUUGGGGCUCCAGGUUCCUCCAGCCCCCCACUUUCAGGAGACUUAGCUCGGGUCUGCCCCAUUGGUUCUAGAUUCCUCCAAUACCCCACUUUUAGGAGGCUCACCUCAUAGCCUCCCCUUUGGUUCUAGGUUCCUCUGACGCCCAGCGUUGAGGAGACUAGGCUGGGUGGGCCCGGUCUGCCCCUGCUUCAGUGGCUUCCCUCGGGUCCCCCCCACUGGGCCCUCGUAGUUCUGAGUCCCAAUGACCAGGGAGUACCAGCUGGCGUCCAGCCAGCACCAGUUCCGCAUCCUGCUGCUGGGGGACGCGGACGUAGGCAAGACUUCGCUUCUGCAGCGCUACAUCGAGGGAGACUUUGGGGCUGAUCCGCCCCCCAGCUCCACCGUUGGCGUGGAGUUCUACAGCCAGAUGCUGCAGCUGGCCUCGGGUCCGAGGAUCAAACUGCAGUUCUGGGACACUGCAGGGGACGAGCGCUACAGAAGCAUCACUCGGUCCUUCUACCGGAAUACUGUGGGUGUCCUGCUAGUCUUUGAUGUGACCAACAGGAAGUCCUUUAACCAUGUAGAAGACUGGUACCAGGAGGUGGCAUCUGUGCAGGGCUCAGACAAGGUGGUCUUCUUGCUGGUUGGCCACAAGUGUGACUUACAGCAGGCUCGUCAGGUGUCAACCCAGGAAGCAGAAACUUUAGCGGCAGUUUGGGGCAUGUCGUUCCUGGAGACCUCAGCCAAGACCAACAGCAAUGUGACUCUGGCUUUCGAGACCCUUGUCCAUGAAAUCCAGCAGUCCCUCCAGAGGGGGGAGAUUAAAGUGGAUGGAUCCUGGGGAGGAGUCAGGGUCAUUCACAGAGCGCAGCCUCCCCUCAACCCGAGGAGAAAAAAGCCAUCUGGGCAAUGUCAGUGUUGACUCAGGGAACUGGGUCAAGAGAGACAACAGACACAGGGAACCGAAUUGGAGCUGGUUAGUCCCAUCCCCAAAGACCCAAAGACCCUCGAAACUGGAAGGAACUUUAGGUUGUCUUAUCCAGUGCUCUCAUUUUACAGAGAAAAAUGGUGAAGCUCAGAAGGGCCCAGUUCUUUCCCAGAAGGGUCUGCAGGUUGCCUCUUCCUUCCUAUCCAUAACCCUCAGCCUGAAGAAUGGUCAGUUAUCAUUUGAUCAUUGCUCAGAGCCUUUCUGAACUGACCAUAUUCUGUUCCUCUGAUUGUGGCCAAGGACCUGAUCAUUUCUG